GCCUUCUCAUCUCUCCUCGAUCGCACCCCUUGCACACACUCUGAUCUCUCUCUGUAAAAUUUUUAAAGCAAUAUGGCUGGUGGAAAGAAGCUUACUAAAGAAGAAGAGCUAUUGCUCCAGGAUUUUAGUCGCAAUGUUAGUACGAAGUCAUCUGCGUUAUUCUAUGGAAAUGCAUUUAUUGUUUCGGCCAUUCCUAUUUGGGUGUACUGGAGAAUUCACCAAAUGGAUCUAGUACAGUCUGCAAUUAUUUUUGGCAUCUUCACCAUCAUUAGUACCUGUCUUGUUGCCUUUGCCUACAAAAAUGUCAAAUUUGUUCUCAAGCACAGAAUUGCACAAAAGCGAGAGGACGCUGUUUCCAAAGAUGUGAUGAAGAAGCUCUCUGAUGCUGAUAAUAAAAAGAUGCAACGGAAAGAGAAGGAUGAAAGGAUUUUGUGGAAGAAGAAUGAAGUGGCAGAUUAUGAGGCUACCACAUUUUCUAUUUUCUACAACAACACUCUGUACCUGUUCCUCAUCGUGGUCGCUAGUUUCUUUGUGUUGUCGUCAUUUGACCCCCAAAUUAAUUAUAUCGCAUCUGUACUUAUGGCAUCAGGUUUGCUGGCUCUCCUUUCAACUGGAACGAAAUAGGCAUCAGACGGACAACAACAAUUGGACCAAGGAAACUUCCUACAAAAUACAAAAUCUAUCUGCGACACUUCUCCAGUUUCUUUAUUAAAUGAUUAAAACUUACUUAUAUCAUAUUUCUGCUUAUUUCUGUGUCAACGAAAAUAUAUAAAAUUGAAAAUUUUUAAUGAAACAAUUGAAGUCACAAAGUUUGGCUGAUAUAUAAGAUGGAUAAAUUCUGCUUAAUGCUUCUUUGUCAUAAACAAUGGAAGGCCUUCACACUGUUGUGAGCUGACACCUGAUAAAGCAGUUAAUGAAUAUGCCUUUGUAAUACAGUAUAAAUAUACCUGGGUGCUAAUUAUUACAUCUAUCUUCUGACUAAACCGCCCUCAUUAGCAGUGGCGUUGCAGCUGUUGGCUCUCGCUUGUCAAAGCCAGGGGCCCGAGAACAUAAUGGCCCCCCACCCCCACCUAGGUCAUUCAGCAUUAUUCCUUUUGAUAAUGCAGAGAGACUGUGAUUAUCUUUUCCCCCACUGGGCUCUACCUGGACCUAACCCCCAAGGUGUUGGCCUUCAGCCUUUCUGUCACACCACUGCUCAUUAACUUAUAGGGAAAAUUGUUAAAAAAUAAAAAUGAAAUUAAAGCAUAGUUUUCUACAUUAUGUUCAAUAUGCAACAACACUAAAUAAACUUACUUGUAGAUUAUUAUAUUUAAUAGUGUAAUGGUUACAGUUUCGUAACUUGUUUUUUUUUGUAAUAAGAACAAGAAACGCAAACAUAAGCAGAAAAUAAAGGAACUGUAAAAAUACAUUUUGUGUGAAACAAUAAAAAUUCUGGAGAGGUAUCUUACAAAAAA